AUGUUGGCGUCAUGGGCCGUGCCGCACAAACCCAAAACCGAUCAGCCCGGAAACGGUCAAGUAAAGGAAACUAUGAUUGCAAACAGGUCGCUUCGGAAAGAAGGCCCAGCAGGGGCGGGCAAUGUAAAGGGGGCUGCAAACAGUACCCACCAUUUGGCGAAUGCUGUCGGUGAUGCCGACGGUGGUCAAGGCGGUGCUGGCUCCCCGAAGGCAGCACCAUCAACAGCAACAACUGAGAGUUUGAGAGUACCUCCUACUCCAACGAUAAGGUUGAGUACCAUCGGAGGAGAAACUUUCGAUAAGAACGACAUGGGACCACGACAAGAGCCUUCCACCACAUCAAGCAGCUCACCCAAAACUCGAUCGGCGCGUGUCGCAGCUCAUCUGGUACCCGCUGCAUCUAUGUCUGGAACGCUACGUCGCGAAAAAGAAGUGAUGGACCCUUCACUGUAUCACCAGCUGUGCUACGAGCGCCUCAUACGGCGACAGGAUCCCUCGAAGGGUGUCGACAAAGCCAGGCAGAGUUAUGUAUAUUACAACCACCGUAGCAAGGGGUGUUACAUCCCGCAUGAAAAGGAUCCCUCUGAGUUGACACUCACAUACAACCACAUGUACGACUUUGGUGACGGCUCUCGCUUUCUUGCGGCUGAUGGCGAACCGCCGCGCGUUAACCCCAAUAUCGGAAGUGUACUCGAUUGUAACUACAAUGCCGCAUCCAAAAGCGGUGCAAGCAGGGACUACGCUAGGCUGCGUCCCAGCACCACUUCAGAACGAAGAGCUGCUAAUGAGGUGUGUCGAAUCGGGCUAUCCACCACAAAUGGGAAAAGAACGGUGGCAGUGGACUUGGCUCGCAGUUUGCAACUAAGCGAUAUACGACCUCAACCAUUCCAGAUUCGCAAGACCGUUGAGGACGUCAUAUCCAGUGAUCUGCGUUGCGUGGAACGGGCCCGUGAGGGUAUCAGUUCGGUCGUUGGGAAGGGGAAAGUGUUGUGGGCGGAGGUUCCAGAGAAGCUACAGGCCACCUUUAGUGAGGUUCAGGGUCGUUUUAUAUCUCCUGGAGCUGAAAGUCGCAGGGAAGAUCGAAAUGCAGCAGCAGGCUACAGAGCAGGCUCAACAACCCUGGCACAGAAUGCCAAUGCAGUUAGUUACCUCCCGGCAAGUUCGUUACCGGAUAGAGCUGAGGGAGCAACUUUGCCUACUCAUGCCCCCCGGUCUACGAACUCUAAGUGUGGUCAGAGUCCCAUGUCGAAGCCGGUGGCACUCACCGAUCUCCCCGACCAUGUGCUUUUGGGAUUUACAGCCAAUGUGUGCAUGCCGAAAAUUAACCAACGGGAUGGUGAGGCAACUCUACCUCACACGCCACUGCGGGAAGAGUCCACAGAAAGUGAGGAUGGCAAUAAUCUGAGAGGCACUUAUGAGUCGACGUUGCAAGGUACGGAUCCAACAGGACUGAGAGGAACGACGAACCGGGGGUCCAAUACGGUUCCCGAGCAUGCACGGGCAAAUGGGGGAGAGAAACUGCUUCCACUUGUUGCCUUGGCGCAGCUGCGUGAUGCUGAUUACUUUUUAACAACCGGGCCCAAGCCAGUUUCUGAAAUAGUGAAGUUACUUGGACCGAAAUGGCUGCCGGAGCGACCACUGCCUUACGAGACGUCACGGCUCAGCUACUGCCGGAAAUAUGACAUGGGUGACGCGAAUCCCCCGCCUAACAUGAUUCACUGGACUUUGUCUAAGAAACUAUAUUAG